AUGCUGCUAAAAUCAGGCUCCCGUCUCCCCAAAAAUGACCGUCUUACGCAAAGUACAGGAGAGCUUGAUGUGACCUCCACAUAUUUAGCGAAAGGACCACAGAGAGAUUGCAGUACACUUCCCUCCUACCGCAGACCACCCUCUUAUGAGGAAGCCUCGAAACAGAAAGAUCGAGUAAUGAUGAUUGAACCAAGGCCGAGUACAUCCACAAGCGGCAGGCAGAAGCGACGGAAAAGUCCCCCGGAAGACAGGUUUCUGUAUCACCAUGUACUACAUUCACGUACUCUCUAUAAGUACCUCUAUUCAACUCUCUCUUCUAAGGCCACUCAAUUCUUUUGCGUCGCAGUGAAUGGCUUCUUUCUUCCAAGCUGUGCUUUGCAGUGCUUUGUUAUGCUUUGCUGUUUUCUGUUGUGUUUGCUCAGGUCAGCUGUACUAAGCUUUUUCAUGCUCUCUUGUGAUGUGCUCCACAGGGCUGUGGUAGGCUGUAGCUACGUAAGCCAACCUGCUAUCACCGAGACUCCCAUCAAUUUUAGAACAUACCAUCCCAAUGAUCUUCCAAUUUUCCUUCACAGACGUUAGGACAACGUCUAUCAUCUCUUGGAAUCCCUAAUGCAUAUGUCGAAUUAUGAUUGUCAUAUUGUACACAGAGCGGAAGAAGCCAGUGUAGCACCAAGUGAAAUGAGGUCUAAUCAAGACGGACAUAGAAGUGACAAAGACAAAGGACCU